UGAACACACAACAGUACAACACUGAAGAAGAACAAGGAGCAUCUGUAAAGUGGAGAGAAGCCUGAACUAACAGGUCACUGGUGGUGCUGAGUGUAAAUAAUGGAGCUGAAGGUGUGGGUGGAGGGUGUGGCCAGAGUGGUGUGUGGCCUGUCAUUGAACACUUCAUGUCAGGAUGUUGUCAUAGCUCUUGCACAAGACAUAGGUCAGACAGGUCGUUACAUUCUUAUCAUGACGCUUCAAGGGAAUGAGAAACAGCUGGUUGCAGAUGACUGUCCUUUGCAGAUUCUGGCUCAGCUGGGGCAGCUGGCUGCAGAGGUCCAGUUCAUCCUGCAGAGGACUGGUCCCAGCCUCAGUGAGGGUCAAUGCACACCAACCAGCAAGAGACGUCAUUCCCAGCCCAGAUCAUCAGAACCAGAGUCCCCCAACCACAAAGAGCCACACAAGGAACCUAGUAGUCCGUCAACACUCCCCAGAAGGACUAAAUUAAACAAAGCCUCCCCAGAAACACGAGCUUCCCCUGUCUCUUUCCUAGAUACUCUCAGUUCUGUGAAGGCAAUUCCCUCUUACUCCUCUAAAGAGGAACUGUGUAAGCAGAUUCUGCAGCAACAGAGGAAGCUACAAGAGCUGGAGAUACAGAUCCAAGCUCUGGAGAUGGAGACAAACAUGUUGGAGCGGGAGAUAUCUUCAGCCCCUAGUGUGACUCUGGGCCUCACAGAGGAGCUAAAGACACUGGAGCAGCAGCUCAAGCAGAACGAGGUAGAGCUGAUGUACGGAGAGCACUGGGAGGGGCAGUUAAAGGAAGAGAUGGACAGAGAACGAGAUAUGCACAGACGUCUACAUGAGAUACAGUUGUCAGUGGAUGAUUACGGUGGGCAGCUCAAAGAACUCCAAGCCAGUUCUGCACAUCUAGAACAGGACAUAUGGCUCACAGCACAGAGCCAAAGCUCUCGGGCAGUCACUCGGCAGCCAGACAAGGCGCUGAGGUCUCUGCAGCAGGAGUUCUACAACCGACUGCAGCAGGCAGAGGAACUGGAGGGAGCACUGUUAAAGGCACAGUGGGAGGUGCAAGCUGCAGAGGAAAUGCUACAGGACAAAUGGGAGGUGAUUGAGGAGCUUAAUAAGGAGCUGAGACAGUGUGACCUGCAGCAGUUCAUCCAGCAGACCAGCAGUCAGCACACUGAUCUGCCCGUGACUGAGUCUUACCUUGGCAGCACUGGUAUUAAGAAGAGAACACAGUGAGAAACCAGAUCUGAGCCUUAACCAGACAAAGAGGAACCCAAGUCUAAAUGCAGGAUGGAGAAGUUCAGUGAAUGUGCACCGGAAAGUCUGGAGGUGGACCGGCCUGUAGAAGGGCAGAGCGCCGGCAGGGUGGUCCACAUAUACUGCUAUCCUGUGAGACACAGAGGAUGAGGUGGGAGGGAGUUUGAUUUCUCUGUUACUGUCCCAGACAGAGUAGCUACCAUCAGAGCAGCUCAGGAACCAGGACUGAUCGUUCCUCACAAACUUGCACUCUUUGCCGUCUCCUCUCCUCCUGAUUCCUUUGUACGUCACUGCUACGUGAACAUCUCCUCUCCACUCGACCUCCCAGUAACAGCAACCAGUCAGACCAGCCCUACACAAAACCUGGGGCCAAAAGUCACUGGCUGCUCCUCUCUCACAGUCACCCCUCUGUUGUUGACCCCUGAGGGCUUUGUGUGCUGUGUCUGGGCCCAGUUCAGGUUCACAGGCGUCUGACUGAGAGAACAAGAUACAACACAGUAGCAGCUGAUGCUCUCUUCAUUUAUUAACAUCUUAGCAGAAACCCUCAACUCACAAUAACUUAAAACUCUAUGAAUGGUAUUGGUCUUUGAUAUUUAGUUAUUUGUUAUUCAACAAGUUUUGGCUCAGACCAUCAGUUUUCACCAGGUUUGUGUUGUAGCUAAAGCUUCCAAAUGUGAUAUUUCUACCUGAUUAUCUUUUCAAAAUAUAUGAAGGUCUUGUUGCACAUCUUCACCGUAGACAGAAAACUGCCAAGCUGUAGUUGGGGAAUGUCCUCAGAGUGCAUGCAAAGUGAAGAAUAAAUAAUGUUGGAUAGAGUGAAAGUCUUGACAAGAUGUGCACACAGAAACUGUGAGCCAUAGAACAAACACUGAAUUAGCCUGUAUUCUUUUGUUCAACUUACGUAACUGUGGGCCACGCCCAUUUCUGUACUAUUGUAUGUUGUUUAUAUUCCUCAGUGCUUCUUUGAACAUACACUGGCUCCUUAGAUUUUUGCUUUCCUCCCUGAGUGAAUCGCUGAAACAAAUCCUCAUUGUACUGUACUUCAUUCAGUAAA